AUGGCGGACCCGACACAGACUCCCCAAGCACCGCGCAUCGCCAUCAAAUUUGGCUCAAGCAGAGCAAAUUCGACAAAGCCCGCCAGUAGCACAAGGAAAUCUGGACAGCUGCUUCCACCCUCUGCUCUUGGCAAACGCCCCCGAUCGCACGCACUGAAUAACGACUCAGACUCAGAAGAUGAGGACAGUCAUUAUGGACGCCAUGAAGCAGUGACCACCGUUGGGGGCAAGGAUGAUGUCAAUGACCGACAAAGAGACGCCAAAUCUGCUCGUACCGAAGGGCGACCCUUGGUAAUAGCAUGCCAGACGGAAGGCAGUUGGAAGGCAGCCGCAAGACGCAAACCAGAGGAUAAUUCCAGCGGCCAGGAUCGGGAAACAGAGCCAGCAGACCACGAGAAAGAUAUCAAAUGGGGUCUUUCAAUCACCAAAAAGUCGUCAGCAGAAGACUCGACAGGAGAUGCGCCUGGGAAUCCCUUGGACGGCUCACCCACCGCGACUGCGACGGAAAAAACGCCAAAUAGCCCUCCAAGAACAGUGGAGCAAAAUGCGAUGGAUGCGCUUUUAGGUAUCGAUACAAAUAAACAGAAGAAGCUGGUCAUUUCAGGAUCCGAGACCCCAACAGAUGAAUUCAAGGCGGCUGUGCAAGCAGCUGGCGAGGUUUCAACUAUCGAAGAGUACGACCAAAUACCAGAUGGCGAGUUCGGAAUGGCCAUGCUUCGUGGUAUGGGCUACGAUGAAUCGAAGCAAACAUCGAGACCCAAGGACGUUCGCCGCAGACCUGCGCUACUGGGCCUAGGUGCCAAAGAGGACGAGGAGAUCAAAAAGGCUGAAUUGGCCAAAAAGCACGGCCAUCGCGAGCGACGCCCCCGCCUCGAUGAAUACCGAAGAGGCGAAAACGAAAAGCGACAGCAGCGUGAAGAAAAAUACUCAAGCAGCUACAAGCAUGAGCGUGAUCGCGAGCGAUCAGGUCAUGGUUCCAGCAGAAAAUAUGACGAUCGGGAUCGUGCGCGCGAUCGAUAUCGCGACCGCGAAGGAGAAAGUUCGCGACAUCGCGAUAGGCACUCGCGGCGUUGA